AUGCUUGACGAGCGAGUUCCUUAUUUGGCGUUUUUCCGCGAAACUGCUGCCAAUCCGUCCGAAGGUCCGCGGAUUAGUACGGGUACCACUGUUAUCGGAUUGGCUCUUACAUCGUCCAACUUCGGUCCUGCGAACAAGGAAUGUGCUCUGACGGGGCCCUUCCUUGUGGAGGGUAUAAGGUUGAGCAUUGCCGCAUGGCUCAGCUGGAAAAGACUGGAUGAGCCAGUCAGCAGCACAGCGUUACGGUUCGUCUGCAUAGCGGAUACGCAUGGAAGGCUUGGCGAUAUUGUUGAACGCAUCCCAGGUGGCGAUGUGCUCAUUCACGCCGGUGACAUGACGAAUUUUGGUGAAAAGGAGGAACUUAACAAAUUUAAUGAUACCAUCGAUGGCGAAGAUGAAAGUCGGCGUGAUCUCCCCUAUAGGGGUCAUGGCACCGCACGCGGCUAUAAGUUAUUAACUAAUUGUACAUAUCUUCAGGACUGCGGAGUGAAGGUGAGGAUAUUUUCUCUCUAGUU